AUGGCCCGUCGUCCAGCGAGAUGUUAUCGCUACUGCAAGAACAAGCCAUACCCCAAGUCCCGCUUCAACCGUGGUGUGCCAGACCCUAAGAUCAAGAUCUUCGAUCUUGGUCGUAAGAAGGCCAACACCGAUGAGUUCCCUCUCUGCGUGCACAUGGUUUCCAACGAAUACGAACAGUUGAGCUCCGAGGCUCUCGAAGCUGCCCGUAUCUGCGCCAACAAAUACCUCGUCAAGAUCUGCGGUAAGGAAGGUUUCCACCUCCGCGUGCGCGCCCACCCCUUCCACGUCGUCCGCAUCAACAAGAUGUUGUCAUGUGCCGGUGCCGAUAGAUUGCAAACCGGUAUGCGUGGCGCUUUCGGCAAGCCCUACGGUGUCGUUGCCCGUGUCAACAUCGGUCAGAUCCUCCUCAGCGUCCGCACACGUGACUCCAACCGAGCCGCUGCCAUCGAGGCUCUCCGUCGCUCCAUGUACAAGUUCCCCGGUCGCCAGAAGAUCAUCGUCAGCAAGAACUGGGGCUUCACUCCUCUCCGCCGCGAGGAAUACGUCCAGUUGCGCAAGGAGGGCAAGGUCAAGAUCGACGGUGCUUAUGUGCAAUUCUUGAGAAACAAGGGCAAUGUUGCGAGUAAUAUGAAGCGCUUCCCUGAUGCUUAUGAGAAUCUUUCUCAGGCGUAA